UUGUAAUCGUAAUUGUGAUUGUAAUUGUAAUGGAACCGCCAUCGCCAUGGGCAUGCUGCAACUGCUUCUGCUUCUUCUUCUUCUUCUUCAUCUCUCUCUCCAUAUCCAUAUCAACAUCCACUCCCACCGCUCCUGCGUUCUUCAUCUUCGGAGACUCUUUCUUUGAUCCUGGAAACAACAACUACAUUAACACCACCACUCUCGACCAAUCUAAUUUCCCGCCUUACGGCCAAACAUACUUCCAUUUCCCCACAGGACGCUUUUCCGAUGGCCGUAUCAUUCCUGAUUUCAUCUUGGAGUAUGUCAAGUUGCCGUUGAUCCCGCCGUAUAUGGAUCAGCCGGCCAGCCGAACCUAUUACAAGAUCGGAGCCAACUUUGCAUCCGCAGGAGCAGGUGCUCUUGUUCACACAUUUCAGGGAUCGGUAAUUAGUCUUCAAACUCAGAUAAGGUAUCACAAGAGGGUGGAGAAUCGAUUGAGAAAGAUGUAUGGCAAUGUCGAGGCCAACAACACAUUGUCAAAAGCUGUCUACUUGUUUAGCAUUGGAACAAACGAUUACUUAAGCCCCUACUUGAUUACCAAUUCCACCCGUUUCAACUCCUCCUACUCCAGCUCUAAACUCAUAGAAAUUGUUAUUGGCAAUUUGACAAUCGCCAUCAAAGAGUUGCACAAAAGAGGAGGCAGAAAAUUCGGGUUUCUCAAUUUGGGUCCAUUGGGUUGUCUUCCGGGGAUCAGGAUAAUUCUUAAUCCACCAACUGACUCUGGUGGGUGCAUAGAAGCAGCUUCAUUGCUAGCAAAACUACAUAACAAAGCACUCACCAAGUCACUAAAAAGAUUAGCAGAAGAGCUGCAUGGAUUUAAAUAUUUGCUAUACGAUUUCAAUAGCAACCUCAAGCAUAGACUGAAACAUCCGUCCAAAUACGGUUACAAGGAAGGGAAAACAGCGUGCUGCGGAACAGGGCGGUUUAGAGGAACGUUCAGCUGUGGAGGGAAGAGGCCGGUGACCGAGUAUCAAGUGUGUGAGAAUCCUAACGAGUAUGUGUUUUGGGACUCUUAUCAUCUGACCGAAAGAGUUUACAAAGAAAUGGCCCAUCAAAUAUGGAACCAAAAACCCACCAGAGGAACUUACAAUCUCAAAACUCUGCUACAUUGACAAUUUCCCAUAUAAUAUUAUUUUAUUUUUGUGAUGUUUGAUCCUAUCUAUAUUGUAAAGAAAAAAAGGGCAUAUUAUAUACAUAUAUAUUGUUUAC